AUGUGGUCAUUUAAGCAAGGUGGAGCGAGAUUUGAUCCUUUUUCUACAACAGGAGGUUCCCAAAUUUCGUCUCUCUCCCAACUUAAAGAUAUUGCUUUUCCAAGUUCAUUGACCGCAAUUCAACAGGCUUUAAAUCCAGUUGCUACCUCUGCACCUCCUCAGCCUCAGGCUGCAGUACCUUCUAGACCGGCUUCACCAUAUGCGCGAAAGCCAAGUCCUCCACGCUCUGCGACUCCUGUAUUUUCUAAGAGUAUUAUUGAUAGCCUCAAGAAAACAAAUGAGCUUUUGAACCAAGAAGUCAUGAGGUUGCAAAACCAGGUUAAGAGUUUGAAACAGAAGUGUGACACUCAAGAGGUAGAGCUACAGAAAUCACAAAUAAGAGCAGAGGAAGAAUCGUCCAAAUGUAUACAAGCGAUGGAAGUAACCAAGGCUACCGCUGCCCAGUUGAAGGCGAUGACAGAAACGUUACCUGCGGAUGUGUAUGACAGUGAAACAUUAAGAGCCAUGCAUAGUCAAGUGGAAGCUUUGCUAUAA